AUGUGGGUGAAAGAGGAAGCCAUCAACGUCUGCCAUCAGAUUCAUGAGGGAGCAGGAGGUCAAAAACCCUCAACUGGCUGCCAAAGACCUGUAGCAAGACUUGGUGGCAGCAGCCAAUUUCUGGAUCAGUUUCUGGAAAAUAAAAACCGUGCUCUGGGACACGUGGGGCAAAGCAGGUUUGUGUGUGGUGUGUAUGGCUGCAAUGCUCGGUGGUCUUAUAAGGAAAUUCAGAAGAUGGCUCUCCUGACCCCUGAAGAAAUAAAGCACUUUAAGAAAAUGAGCACCAUCAAUGCUGCUGUUAACAGAAAAUGUCCUGGAUGCAAGUCCUCUGUUGCAAGACAAAAUGAGUUUAAUCUCUGCAUCAGCUGCAAAGCAUGCACAACAAAGACAGGACAUCCAUAUGAGUUCUGCUGGCAGUGUCUGAGGGAAUGGAAAGGUCCAAAGCCACGGUUGGACCGCUGUGAGAAUGAUGGCUGCUGCAACACGGCGCUUCAAACUCUGAAAACCUGCCCGAUAUCGUCUUACACGGUGAAAGGAAUCACUGGAUGUCCCUCCAUCCGUGGCUGUCCCACCUGCGGGUCACUGCUGGAGCAUAAACGAAAUCACUGCAAACACCUUGACUGUCCUCAGUGUAAGGUCAAGUUCUGUUUCGUGUGCCUGAAGUCUUUUACUGAAUAUUCGAAAACAAGUUCAAUAUCAGCACCGUGCUCCAGUGGUGUUGCUCCCAGACAGACGGUUAUCCCUGUGUGGAAAAAGAAUUAAUG